CACCGACCUUGAGGAUGAAGUGCGGAGUUUCUCUGUAAAACGUUAUAUCGUGGAAAAGAAAACUCUACCGUAGAUGAUGGAGAAUUGUACCCCUUGGCGCGCUUUCCGUUUACUAGUAUGCGUCCUGUGUAUCACACACCAAUACCUUGCUGUCGAUAUACGUAUGUCAGUUAAAGAAGUCAACGACAGUACAAAUGUGUCCCUCUCAAUUCAGAACUAUCAGCAUUCUAACACAAGAAGACACAGGCACUCUUACGAAUACGUUACAAUGAUCCACGGGAGCACACAGAAGAGAAUUAAGUACAAGGAGAGACCUUACCCAGCAUUCCUCAACCCGGAUGUAACAGUGUUUACAACCCAGGAAUUACCCGAUGCCCAGUCGAUGCCAACUAUUGGUAAUGGUCACGUGGCUAUGGUUGUCCAUAGCGACACAAUGUAUAUGGGUGGACUGUACAAUGGCUACAAUGUCACAAGUCACAGAGCAAGGCUACAGGCCACCUCCUCCAUCAGCAUCACGGGAUUCGACUUUGAUGUAGAUACUCGGAAUUACUCCCUGGAUGUCGGCCGGGGUAUGUACAUUGAAAAGUAUACAUCUCCGUUUGUAACGGUAACACUAAAAAUGUACGCCCAUCAAGUCCUGUACAGCCUGAUGGUUACUGAGAUUUCUGUGACCAACGGAUAUAGCGGUGCGGUGCAUCUCAACCUCUCACACGACCUCGGACCGCCCAGUGAUGACCUGCAGAUCACAAACACUACUGUAUUGGGGGAUUUCAGCCUGUACACAGCAACACCAAAAGAGGCAGAGUAUAACGAUAAAGACAAAGCCGAAUUUAUGGUCAUAUCGUCCCUGGUCCCCGACGUCAUGACAGUUCCUUCCGGCGAGUCCGUCCGGCGUCUGUUUUUAACGUCCAUUGAUUACAGUGAUUACGUUGUCGCGGAAUAUCUCCAGUUAGGCCUUGAUUUUUUCCUGAACGGUAUGUUGGAGUCAACACAUCAGCAGGUAUGGGAACAAAAGAAUUGGCGAAAGGGGAGGAUAGAUGUCGGCGGUAACAAGAACAUGAGCAGGAUUAACUAUGCUGCUAUGUACUAUUUAGUGAGUGAGGUCCCAGAAACCGUUAAAUACGAGCCGUUUUUUGGAAUAUCACCAGGAGGUUUAGCCCAUGGAGCUCUAAAUAAGGAUUACGAGGGUCACGUGUUCUGGGACCAAGAGACCUGGAUGUUUCCGCCAAUAUUACUUUUGUUUAGUGAUAAGGGCAAACAGAUAGUCAAAACGCGAGUGAGGAAACACGAGGCGGCCAAGCAGUAUGCUAAACAGAGAGGGUACAAAGGGGCGAUGUACCCAUGGGAAAUAGCCUUUUCUGGUUUGAAUGUGUGUCCCUCUACCGAAUGCUCCAAAUAUGAACAACACAUCACCGGCGAUAUAGCCUUCGCAUUCAAGCAGUACAUUAUGAUGACACGGGACAAAGACUUCAUCCAAAACGAGGGUGGUGCUGACGUCAUCACGGACAUAGCCUCGUUCUGGAUGUCUCGUAUGACGUAUAACGAAAGCAGGGAUCGUUUUGAAAUACACGACGUGAUGCCUCCGGACGAGUACCACUACCCAGUCAACAACUCUGUCUACACCAACAGUGUAGCCAAGAUCAGUCUCCUCCUACCCAAGUACGCCCUCUCUCUCAUCAACAAGACGGCAGAUCCGAAAUGGGAGGAAACCGCAAAUAAGACAUACAUACCAUUUAACGACACCGGAAAUUGGCAUCCAGAGUUUGACGGGUACACUCAAGGUACUAAAGUAAAACAGGCCGAUGUCGUCCUCCUUGGAUUCCCUCUGAUGACAGACCUUUCUACAGACGCCAUGAGAAACGAUCUCAACAUAUACGAAAAGGCCACACCAGGAGGGCCUGCCAUGACAUGGGGGAUGUUUGCCGUAGGCUGGUUAGAUUUAAACGACACGACUAAAGCCGAUGAUCUCUUCAAGAAACAGUUUCAGAAUGUCAUUCCACCUUUCUAUAUCUGGUCCGAGGAGCCAGGAGGCCGAGGUGCCAGGAACUUCCUAACGGGUAUCGGCGGUUACCUACAGUCCCUUCUAUUCGGUUAUGGUGGCUUUAGAAUAUUUGAAGACAGGCUUCAAUUUAAUCCGACACUUCCUCCUGACACAUCGACCUUUAAUAUUACCGGGGUUGACUAUCUGGGAGGGUACUUUGAUUUCACUUUUGAUUCUAAAUACAUGACAAUUAACCAGACUAAGGAAGCUACAGACGAAAUGAAGGUUGUCAUAGCCUCUACUGGUCAGACACAGACUCUGGAUAUCGGUGUCUUAGUUCGGUACCAAAGGUGUAAAGCCUCACUGAUGCUUGCCUGAUCCUGGUAACCUUUAAAGGUUUAUAGAAGGACGUUAUUUUAAAUUACAUAUUACUGUAUAGGGGGUUUAGCAUUCUCGAGUAAUUAUGUUUGCCUUGGUUCGAGAAUACAAUACAAUCACAUUGAAAAGAAUGAAACCUUCACAGUUUAACAGAAAAGCAUAACUUAUUAAAUAAUUUCCAUGAAAAAGUAAUAGUAAGUAUUUUCGUUAUAUUUUAAACAUGUACUUUUGUUAUAGUAAAAAUGAUCAAUACAGCCUAUAUAUAGUACAGUAUAUAUACAGUUUACUAAUAAAGAUACCUCACCACAAUUUAUACAUCUCGAGUCUUCUAUAUUUGUUACUUUCCUGUAUAAGUUAAGUUUAAAUUUCCGGUAUCUACAAUGAUGCAAUCGUCAACUACAUUGACGAUGAUUUCUAUCAUCAUAUUGUUAUUACUAUAUUGGAAUUCUAUGAAGUAAUGUUACGUCCGAGAAGCUAACUUCACUGCAUUUCACGACUAUCUAUCUUACCUUUAAAACAACACAUUUAAAGCAAUUUAUUUGCUGCAGUAAAUUUACAUAUUUUAGUAAUUAACAGAAAGUUAGUUUUGAAACAAACUCUUGGAAAAUAUCACGUUUUAUAUCUUUUUCUCCUCUUGGUUGUAAACAUUAUGUUAAUUUAAGGCAUACUGAUCCUAUAAGUUUGAAGCCUCUGUGUUUUCGUAACUUAUUAAUUAUGAUAAAAUUACAAAAUAAAUACAGUAUGCUGAAUGAUAGAAUAUAUACAAUGUACCCUAAUGAUGAUGUAAUGAGAAUCAAUACCGUAGUUAUUCAUAAAUACAGUUAAAACCGGAAAACUACCUACUAAUUAGGGAGAAUAUCUUUAGUCUUUGCUUCCCUCUCUACAUGCAAAUGAGCCGCGAAAAAUAUGCAAUGCACGCAUGCGUACACUGGUUUGUUUUGAAGAAUGGCGGAUUGGCGAUCAGAGCCACUUAUUAGAAGCCAUUUUCGAUCAGACAUAUACCAGUUACUGGCACAAAGGCAAAGAUUGUGUACAAUUACAACAUCGUCUACGACUAUACACAAUCACCUUGAAUCUGUAAAACUGUCUGUUAUUAGAGUGGAAUUAACAUAAGCUCUGUU